GCCAUGGAUACUUAUGCCAGGCAAAAAGACAAACGCCAUCCCCAUCUCACCAUCUCAAAAUCCCAUAACAUACAUACAAACGCCUCUCCAGAAGAAACAAGUGGAUAAAAAGAAAGAUAAUAGAAGGGAAAAAAAAGCCCCCCCAAAACCCAAUCCCUGUCCACCUCCAUUCUCUACCUCUCCUCUCUCUCUCCACUCCCACCAACAGAAAACACAACCCACUUUAAACCCACCAAGCAGAGCCCAGAACACCACUCCCCAUGCCACGGUACACUUCAAAGCACCACAACACAGCACAAACGAACAAGGGCCCAAGCCCGACCCGACCGGAGCUCCGAAUGGGCGGAAAACGGCUUUUUCGUUCCUGGUCGCUUUCCUCCCGGAUUGUAGCCCAAUGAUAGUGCAAUUCUGGUGUGUGUGGAGUGGUUGUGGCUAAGUCAGUAAGACACAAGUGAUUGUUUGUUAGUUACAGAAAAAAAACAGUCGUGUUUUCUUGUCUCCACCCCACACUAAAUCAUCCAAUUCAGUGCUAGCCUACUAGUUUACUAGUAUCUACAGGAUGGAUGGAUGGGGUAUUGUGUUGCUGCCUACCUAGGUUGUAAUCUAUCUCGUUGUUGUUCGCCUCUCCGAUACACAAUUGUUGUGGUGGAUAGUGGAUAACGCCACCACUGCGACACACAGAGAAAGGGAGAGAGAGAGAGAACACUAGGUGAAGAAAUCAAUGUAUUGAAUAACCAACAUAUUGAACCAACGGAGUAGGUAAGGGGAAG